AUGGCUGCCCCGGCAUCCCCGGAGCCUCCUGGAGAACCUCCAGCGUCCCAACCGUCAACCAAGCAACCAGUCUCUUUUGCGUCAGUAGUCCAAAAUAAGCAUGUUCUCACGAAGUAUGAUCUGCAAAUUUCAAACACGGAGGGUCAGAGAUCUGUGGAAAUCCCUGAUGAAGUAUUCGUAAACCCAUCCCCCUUGUGGGAAGAUUUUGUCAUUGGUCGGUUCCUAUUCAAAAUCCUCAAAUUCGAUGAUGGUUUCGAAGUGGAUAUGUGGAAUAUUGCGGAUAUCCCUAUGGUGGUUUCGAAGUGGACACCGUAUACAGAGGAAGACAUCCCGGAACUGAAACCUAUUCCAAUCUGGGUGCAUCUGAAAAAUGUCCCGAUGAAUAUGUUUUCCUGGAAGGGGUUGAGCUUCAUUACCAGUGCGGUGGGAGAACCAAAACAUCUACAUCCGGAAACGGCUGCUUGCUCGACAUUUGAUAUUGCAAAAGUGUUUGUGAACGCAGACCUCUCAAAGGAACUGCCGAAAACAAUAAAUUUUUCGAAGAAUGGUCAAGAAUCUCUGGUGGAAUUCAAUUAUCCCUGGUUGCCUCCGAGAUGUUCAACAUGUGAUAAGUGGGGGCAUUUAGAUACGUCUUGUGUAAUUAACAAGAAACGAGUGGAGGGAAACAAGGAAUCUGAGACUUCGGUUCAAACAGAGGAACCAGAGGUGGCGAUUACUUCAGAAAGUCCAGCUGAUGCUGGAGAUACAGGAUCUGGAGCAAAAGACAAGGUAGUAGAGAAAGUAGUAGAUGUGAAUUCUGAGCAGUGGACAGAAGUCUCUCCCUCUAAGGUAGGCCGAAGCCCACAUAAACCAAAUGUUCGGGAGGUUGAAAGCUCUCAUAUUUCACAAGCCAAAUUCUCGAUUCUGAGCUCAAAUGAAGAGGAAGGGGAAAUUGUGGAAACAGAAACAGAGAAUUUGGAGUUGGUUCAUAUAACUAUUCAAGAGCAAGCUCAGGCUUCUCAAGCAUCGCUGCCAAGCAAUCACCCCGAACUAAAUCAGCAGGCUCGAAAAGAGACGACAGAUAGUAGUUUACGUCCCUCUCUCCCGCGUGAUUCAAAAAAUAAGCACAGAUUUUUAACGGAGACUUCUACCCAAGCUAAUAAGGAUACCCCUAUGAAACUGGGUGAGGGAGGCAGAUAUGCUUUGAAUACGGUUGAGGAAAGGAAGAGUUUGUGGGCAGAUCUUAGAACUCAUCAAGACUCUCCAAUGUUUAGGAAUAAGCCUUGGUUGAUUAUGGGUGAUUUUAAUGAGACUUUGGAUGAUGAGGAACAUUCAAAUUCGGAGGUGGCUCCUGUUACAACGUCGGGAAUGAGGGAUUUUCAGGAAAUUGUUCGAUACUGUUCUUUUUCGGAUCUAGGAGGGCAUGGACCUCUCUUUACUUGGUGCAACAAAAGAGAUGAAGGAAUUGUGUGUAAAAAACUGGAUAGAGUGCUCAUGAAUGAUGCUUGGCUUUACAAAUACUCUCAAGCAUAUAGUGUUUUUGAGGCUGGUGGUUGUUCCGAUCAUCUUCGGUGCAGAGUUCAGAUUAAUGUACAAGAAACAAAGCGGAAACGACCAUUCAAAUUCAUGAAUUCCCUUGGGAAAAUGCCAGAAUUUUUGCCUUUGGUGGGUGAUCAUUGGUCUCGUACUGAUACAUUAUUUCACUCCACUUCAGCACUUUUCCGUUUUUCAAAGAAACUUAAAGCGUGGAAACCGGGAAUAAGAGAGUUGAGCAAGCAGAAAUUUGGGGGGUUGUCAGUUAGGGUAAAUCAGGCGUAUCAAAUUCUGUGUGAGAAGCAAAGUGAAACACAUCUGCAGCCAACUUCCGAAAACAUUAGACAAGAAGCAGAAGCUUUAGAACGAUGGCAGACAGUCGCAACGUUGGAGGAAGAAUUCUAUAAGCAAAAAUCUAAGCUUCACUGGUUGGAGGAACACGAUCAGGGAAGUGCAGUGCCCAAGUGGCGAGAGAGUGAACACGCAAGAAGCCUGGCCAGUCUUUUCAUUGUCGCGAUUCAGUCUUUCUUCAUUACCGGUUUCUUGCCAAAAGGUCUUAAUACAACCAUCCUUGCUCUUAUUCCAAAGAAACUUGAUGCAAGCGAGAUGAAGGAUUAUAGGCCUAUAUCUUGUUGCAACAUUAUCUACAAAGUUAUCUCCAAAAUCAUUGCAAACCGUUUAAAACGACUGAUGCCACAACUUAUUGCUCCAAAUCAGUCAGCUUUUGUUAAAGACAGACUGUUGAUGGAAAAUCUGCUUUUGGCAACUGAACUGGUAAAGGACUAUCAUACAGUUUCAAUUUCGGCAAGAUGUGCUCUGAAGAUUGACAUCUCCAAAGCGUUUGAUUCGGUUCAAUGGCCAUUCAUACUUAACACUCUAUCUGCAAUGCACUUCCUUCCCAAGUUUAUUCACUGGAUAAAUCUGUGUGUUACCACUGCCUCCUUCUCGGUUCAGGUAAAUGGUGAACUUGCAGGUUUUUUCAGAAGUAGUAGAGGUUUAAGGCAGGGUUGCUCACUCUCUCCUUACCUAUUUGUUAUCUGUAUGAACGUGCUGUCCAAGAAGCUUGAUGGUGCAGCUCAGCGAAGAGAUAUUGGCUAUCAUCCGAAAUGCCAAAACCUACCACUUACACAUCUAAGCUUUGCUGAUGACAUUAUGGUAUUUACUGAUGGGAAAAAGCGAUCUCUUAUCUCAACAGUAGAAGGGGUGCUGCAGGUUUUCGAGAGCUUUGCAAAGAUUUCAGGACUGAGAAUCAGUUUGGAGAAAUCUAUUAUCUUUAUGGCGGGUGUUCCUCAGGCUGAAAGAGAAUUGAUACUCUCUGAUUUUACAUUUGCAGCUGGUCAACUACCGGUAAGAUACUUGGGUUUACCACUUCUCUCAAAAGGGAUGACACGAGCAGACUAUCAGCCGCUUAUUGAAAAAAUUCGAGCAUCUAUUAGUUCUUGGACUGUUCGCCACAUUUCUUAUGCUGGUAGGCUGCAGCUUAUCCGAUCGGUUUUGAUGAGUAUCUGCAAUUUUUGGUUAACUGCAUUCAGAUUGCCUAGUUCCUGUAUCGUUGAGUUGGAGAAGAUUUUUUCCGCUUUUCUUUGGUCUGGUCCAGACUUAAAUCCUCGUAAGACCAAAAUUGCCUGGAACAUUGUCACUCGGAAGAAGAUGGAAGGUGGGUUGGGACUAAGACCGCUAAAAGAAUCUAACAUAGUCAGUUGCCUCAAGUUGAUAUGGAGAGUUCUAUCGUCAUCUGACUCCAUCUGGGGGAAAUGGAUUCGUAUGACAUUACUUCGGAAAGAGUCGUUCUGGUCGGUAAAGGAAAAUUACAGCUCUGGUUCAUGGAUGUGGCGGAAAUUGUUGAAGUUGAGACCUUUGGCAAGUCAGUUUCACAAAGUGGAGGUUCGUGAUGGAGUUGGAACAUCGUUCUGGUUUGAUCAUUGGUCUACACAAGGCAGACUUAUUGAGCUUUUGGGGCCUCGAGGUAGUAUUGACAUGGGAAUACCAUUACACGCAGGGAUGGAUGAGGUCUUACGGUCACAUCGUCGCCGACGCCAUCGACAGAUUGUAUUAAAUCGGGUGGAAGAUGAACUUGAGGUUCUUAAAAACCAAUCAACCUCAGGUGGAGACAUCGUUAAAUGGAAGAGUCGUACAGAUGCGUAUAAACCACGUUUCUCUGCUCAGGUCUGGGAAGCUCUUGUCAAGGGUAUAUUGCGAGACCAAUAUACAACAGACUGGAACAGAAUACUUCGGCUUGCUAAUAACAGAGUCUUUGACAAAGUGACUCUGUUUCUGCUUCGUUACGCAAUUCACGCCACCAUGUAUGGGCUAUGGCGGGAAAGGAAUGCGAGACGACAUGGAGAUACCCCAUCACCUCCUCUUCGCCUGAUCAAAUUCUUGGACAAGAUAGUGAGAAACAGAUUAAGUACGAUUCGCUCUCAGGGGGAUAAGGUGUAUGACGAGGGACUAACGAUCUGGUUUGGAACCCGAGUUUAA